AUGUCGAAUUACAUUGAUUUGGUUAAUAAAUUCGGUAAGGAAACAACAAGAGCUGCUUGCAAGAAGUGUGGAUACACAGGACAUUUAACGUUUCAAUGUCGAAAUUUUAUUAAAGUUGAUCCCAACAAAGAAAUAGUUUUAGAUGUAAGUAGUACAAGCACAGAUAGCGAAGAGAAUUAUGCCACCCCACUUCAAAGUUUGAGAGAAGCGGAGUUAAUGUUGAAGUUAAAAGAAAAGUUGCAAAAAGCCAAAGAAAAAAAGAAAAGUAAAAAAAGAAGGAAAUCAAGUUGCAGCUCUUCAAGUUCCCCAUCUUCAUGUAGUAGUAGUGAUUCAAGUGACACACCUGAUUCUGAAUUGGAGAAAGUAAAGAAAAAGGAGAAGAAAGAUAUCAAGAGAAAAGCAAAACAUAAGGAAAGAAAGCGAGAAAAAAACAAAGUCAAAAAGAAGAACAAGAGAAAGAAGUCUCGG